AUGGCAAGGGGUGGCCAGCAACGGAUAAUCCAAUUAACUGGAUUUAAAAAGCAAGAGAAAAGGGGCCUGCUUGAAUUACUGCGCAAACUGGACUGUGCUGUGCUUGACACCAAGAAAUACAGACACUGUACGCAUCUGAUAGCAAAACAGUUUUGCAAGAGUGAAAAGUUUUUAGCUGCCUGUGCUGCAGGAAAGUGGAUACUAACUAAGGAGUACAUAAUUAAUAGUGCUGAGAGUGGCAGAUGGCUUGAUGAAACAACGUAUGAAUGGGGAUAUAAAAUUGAAAAAGACACCCAUUAUUCACCUCAAAUGCAAUCUGCACCUAAAAGAUGGCGCGAAGAACUGACACACACUAGUGCUCCAGGGGCCUUCCACAGAUGGAAAGUUGUCCUCCUUGUUAAGGAAGGUGAUAAACGAAGGGAUUCUAUUAAAAGAGUUCUAGAAGCUGGAAAGGCAACCAUAUGUUCAUCUGAAAAUGCAGGGAGAGAUAUUACUCAUAUAUUCAUCAAUAAUAAAAGUUUUCCUACAAAAAAACAUCUCUUCGAAGCUCAGUAUUACCCUGUGCAGUAUGUAGGAGAUUACCUUUUUGAGAAAGAAAUACAAACUGCUGAAGUUAUCCAAAUGAAUCAUUUCCUAGCUGCACAGGAGACCAAACAAAUCAUUCCUAACACGCAGCUUGUUGAAAUGAAAAAUGCUGUGAUAAAACAUAUGUAUUUUGCUCAGGCUGUUAAACAUAAGUCUACCCAAAUAGACCAGCUGAAUGAACACAAUCCAGAGGUUAAAAACACUGACCUGUCUAGAGGUUCACUUUGUGUACUUGAAGGACUGGUAGAAGAGUAUUUCUUUCCUGAUGUAAUCAGUGAACUUGCAGCUAGCCAGCAGUACUGUAUACCACCUGUGCAACUUCUUCAUUCACUUCUAGAACAUGUGUUGUUGGGAAACGCUGAUGCAAUAUUUUCUGCUAAACUUUUUCACAUUUUGUACCUUGUUCUCCAACUUGAUCCUCCUUGGAAGUCUCCUUCUGUGUUAAGAUAUUAUUUGGACCUUCUUCAGUGUCCUGUUUGUAAGAAAGGUACAUGGUCCUUGAUAGAGAUGCUUGUAAGGUCCUGCCUUUAUUCCAAAACCAUUUGUCAUGCUGUCUCAGUUUCAGAAAAAAUAGAUGAACAGAGGGUAGUUCACAAAACAUUAUUGAAGUUUUUCUUGGAUUUAGUAAAAGCUGAAGUAGAGUUUCUGACAGUAAGGUUGUUUGAAGGGGCCAAUUCACAGCAUCAUCAAAUCAUGCCACAGACAGUUCUUCUGAAGACCUUUUGGCUGGCAAGCGAAACCUCGGUGCUUUUUACCAAACACAUAAAUAUUUUAUCAGAUUGGGUCAUACUUUCCCAUAAAGAAAUGAAUAGAACAAAUGAUACUUUCAGAUGUGAAAUAGCUAAUAUAUUAAAUGCAGUUCUUGGAACUGCAGUGGAAUACUGGAUCCUCUCAGGUUUCCUUAUGGACAGAAAUGUCUUUUCUCAAGUAGCUGAUUUGGCACAUUACAUCGACAUUUCGUGUGAUGACUUUUCAGUACGUGAAUUAAAAGCAUUCAUUUGUUCCAUACCAUCUCUCUGGCUUCAAAUGUUUGUUGUGGAAGCAGUUUUUAAAAAAAUAUGUUUACAGAGGAAUAUACCUAUUUCUACAGAACCUCUCUCUCUUCAGAAAAUAUUCUGUUCCUAUUUGCCUGCUUUAGGAGAAAUAGGUGCACGUGAGACAAGGAAGAUCGUGAAAGCAAAGAGAAGGAAAAUAGGGCAACGGCCGUGCCCCAAGUCUCAGAGGGCAUUACUGAUGCUAAAUGGUGAUAAGCAGAACCAAGUCGAAGUGCUGCCUGAUCUACCGUGAGUAAUACCUAUAACAUCACCAGUUUUAUUCUGCUUUGGGGGACAGCUCCUGACCUGACACAUUUUUUGAACUUUAUGUGACCUGUUUUGUUGUCUAUAAAUUACCAAGACUGACAGAAAGCUCUACUAUAAACCUGUAACACCUCUA